AUGACCGUUUGUACCGGAAACGAGUUACUAGAAGAGUGCCACCAAUGGGUUCAAUUAUUUUUGAAGGAUUUCGGUCCUGAUGAUAUAUUUUUCGACGCUGAGUUUGAAUAUAGUGAUGGAAGUUUGAAAUGGGAUGAGUAUGGGACAAUAUUGCAUUACAAUGCUCUCAGAAAUAACGAUGCUUCUCCACUGUUCAUCUAUAAGGACUCAUGGCCAUUUCACGCGGAUCAAGGUCAAAUCGGGGACUGUUGGUUGAUGGCUACACUGAUGACUAUUGCACAAAGACGAAAUUUAUUGGAAAAGAUUAUACCGCCGAAUGAUUUCUCUUUGAAGCAUGGCAUUUUCUUGGUUAGAUCACUUGGAUAUUUGAUGACAGCUUCUACUAUCUGUAAGUUUGAUAAUGGGAAGGCUACACAAAAUGGUCUUGCAAAAAAUCAUGCUUAUUCAUUACUCGACACAUGUGUUCAUAAUGAUCAUCGACUGGUUUUGAUCGGAUGUCCAAAUUACCUCAACUGGAAAGGGAAAUGGUCAGAGUUACCACCAUAUAAUGAGGAAAUCGCAAAAGAGUGGAAUGAUUCGAGAAAGGAAAUGGUCAAAAAAAGAUUCUCAUGGAUGGAAAUUGAUGACUUGUGUCGGUGGUUUGAAAGGCUGCAGAUUUGUAAGUAUCGAGAAGGUUGGCAUGAAUUGCGGACUGGAAAAUUCCAAAUGGCAGUUUAUCCAACAAAGAAUGGGAAAAUUGAUUUCACUGAAAAGAUAUAUACAAAAGUUCUGCGGCUCCGUGUCAGAAGUCGUUGCAAAUUACUCGCUGAAAUAAUGGAUCGAUAUGAAGAUUGUCAUUAUCCGGCUCCUCAGAGAGUCGUCGGUCUUGUUAAUAUCCAUAAAGUGACUACUGGCAAUCAGAUUGGAGAUCUUAUAGUGUCGAGUACUAUCAACUUGUAUUGGAGUGCUUUUAAAUCCCAGUAUCGAUCCGCGGAGGGUGAUGAGUGUGAACUGAGUCCAGGAUUUUAUUUUGUGAUCUACACAGUUGUGUCAAUGUUGUAUCCAAUGGAAUAUAGUUGGGUGUUGCGGAGCCCUACUCCUAUGGAUCACAUCACCUAUGAUUCUGUAACAUUUAAGAAUAAAGUGGCAUCUCACCAGUCACUCCUGAAAAUGGUGGAAAAACUUGCGAAGCCUAAGACGGAAGUUCGAAAAGGGUUGUUUGCUCAAGAAUAUUCGAGGGACAACUUUCUGACGUUGAUGUUUGAGAAUCAUGCUGAAAAACCUAUCGAUAUUAAUGUGGUUGUGAGAACCAAGUCUGAAAACGUUAAAUCGUACGGAAUGAUGACGGAGAGACUAUGGAACAGAUACAUAUCAACUUCAAAGGAUCCAUAUGUUGGCUACAUUACAAUUCCACCAAGAUCCAAAUUAAUUUUUGGAAAUGUAUGGGUUAUUCCUGGACCGAUUCAGUUGAAAAAUGAGAUUCUUGAUGAGGAGAUCGAAAGUGGAAGAGCAAAGUUGAUGAGAUAUAAGAAAGUGCAUGGGGCUUACGAGGCAAUUCGGAUUAGAUGA